AUGCCUCGUAUAAGGACUAAAAGAACAAGGCCACCACCGGAGGGAUUUGCCAAAAUUGAACCUACGUUGGAAGAUUUCGAGGAAAGGUUGAAAGAAAUUAAUAAACAAAAGGAUUCCAAAUUACAAACAAAAUCUAAUGAAAAUCUUUGGAAGAUAAUGCAAAUCAACCAUGAAAGGUCAAGAUAUAUUUAUAAACUGUUCUAUUCUAGAAAGGCUAUAUCGAGAGAAUUGUAUGAUUGGCUCUUGAAGGAAAAAUAUGCUGAUAAAUUUCUUAUUGCUAAGUGGAAGAAAAAAGGUUAUGAAAAAUUAUGUUGUUUGAAAUGUAUUCAAUCUGACGAAACUAAUAGUAAUAAGACUUGUAUUUGUAGAGUUCCUAGAGCUCAAUUAGAACAUGAUGCGGAGUCGAAAAAUAUGUCAGUGACAUUUCAACAAUGUGUUCACUGUGGUUGUCGUGGAUGUGCCAGUACUGAUUGA